AUGCCGUUUUGGCAGAAAUCUGGGGGUAAGGUUGCCCCUGCUAAGCCCUCAAUGACCUCCUCGAUGACAUCACUGUCACCAUCUCAACUAAAUGCAGCCAUCAUGGACAUGCUGCACGUGAACAACACCGGGAACCAGUGUUUAAACGCUUGCAGAGGUGACCCAAUCACGACGGCUGGUCAGCGGAACCAGAUGAUCAAGAUGUUAGCCAUUAUUCUUAUACCUGUCUCUAUUCUUGUCGGACUCACCGGAAACUCAUUUGGCACGACGCUCAACAACUACCUCUACUCAACGUCCAUCAGAUCUACACUUCUCUUCAGUUUGGAUAUGGCGUACAUGAUUCGGUCUCUGCAGCGUGAGAGAGACGGCAGCGCCCUCUACCUAAGUUCAAUCCGUCCGGAGACAAAAGACUUCUUACUACAACGCUAUCUUGAUACAGACGAAGCUGUGCAGAAUCUGCCAGAGUGGCCGACUUCACUCAGCAACACUAGAUCUGAGUUCGAUUCCAGCGAGACCUUCUUAAAGACUUUGAAUCGACACAGAUAUGAGUUAGAUACGUUAAAAGUAACGUUUCACGAGGAAUUGAUCACAUACUCGGACUGGAUUGAAGUUUUCAUCAAGUGGUUCUACAAGUCUAUCACUGAGGCACGUGCAGAAAAGGUAUGGAAAGCUUUCGUUGCAUACCAAGAACUACUGGUUGCAUCGGAGUACCUCGGUCGUGAACGUGCGAUGGGUGUUAUAUUUUACACCCUUGGCGAGUUCCCGACACGAGAAGAAUACUUGUAUUUCGUGGAAAGCCAGGAUACCUCCAACGCUUCAUUCGCCGCUGCUCGGCAGUACUCGACAAUAGCGAAGGAGAUCUACGACGCUAAAAUCAAAGGAAAUCCUGAAAUCAUGCGCACCAUCCAGAAUAAAAGGGGAGAAAUUCGCUCUCGGAACUCUGGGGCCGUCAUCAAUACAGUGGGGUCUCUGCAAGAUGCCAAAUUCUGGUUUGAAAAUAUGACAUACUUUCAGGAUAUUAUCCGCGAGGCCCAGGUGUCACUGGCUCUAACAAUUGACGGUCUUCUUGCGGCAAGACAACAGACCGACCUCACUAAUAUCAUCAUCAUCUGUAUCAUAUUCAGUGCCGUCCUUAUACUCUGUCCCGUCAUUAUCUACGCCGUCUACAAUCUCACUGUUGAAAUCCAGAGAUGUUCUCUUCAUAUCGCAGAUAGAACUAAGGCUUUAAGCAAGGAGAAGAAGAGAACAGAUACCCUGCUGUAUCAGAUGUUACCCAAGGAGGUUGCCGAGCAACUGAAGCAGAAUCAGGAAGUGAGGACCGAGGAGUUUGUACAAGCUACCAUCAUGUUCAGUGAUAUUGUCGGCUUCACUAAUAUUUCUUCACGCAGCUCGCCACUUCAGAUAGUUGAGAUGCUGAACACGAUUUACUCGUGUUUAGAUGAGAGAAUAGAUCUGUACGAUGUUUACAAGGUAGAAACUAUCGGAGAUGCUUAUCUCGUAGUAUCGGGUCUCCCUAAACCAAAUGGUAAACGACACGCCUCCGAGAUAGCUUCGCUGUCACUUGACAUUCUAGAGCACGUGAAUAGAAUGGAAAUCCCACACAUACCUGGAACAAACGUCAGACUGCGAAUCGGCAGCCAUAGCGGUCCGGUUGUGGCGGGAGUUGUUGGUACAAAGAUGCCUCAUUAUUGUGUCUUUGGUGAGGCCGUGAACGUGGCCAACAAGAUGGAGGCGCUCGGCAAACCCUGUAAAAUCCACUUGAGUAAGACAACAGCCGACAUUCUCACAGAGGUUGGAGGGUACGUGAUCAAAGAGAGAGAGGACUUUCCCGAAAAGGUAAAUGCAAAUGACCAUGACCUGCAGAUGGCAUUUAAAGGGAACGUGAAGACAUACUGGUUGGUUUGUCGUGAAGGUUUUACUCCCCAAACGACCCCUGACCUCGAGACAAAGGCUUGA